AUGGAAAGUGCCCAUCGCUCAGCGCGUGGCCAGGGAGGGAAGAACAAGGAGGCGCCUUCUCAGCGCGCAGGAUGCAGCGAGAAGGGAGACGAGAAGGGAAAGCCAGCAAAGAAGAGCAGGCGCGGCACUACGAGACAGCGAGAAGAAGGAAAGAAAAUCCUCGCAGUGAUUGACGGGACGUGUGUUGUCUUCCGGUCCCACUUUGGAAUGCCCGAAGUCCUCGACGGAGGCGGCGUGCCCGUCCAGGCCAUCAUCGGCUUCUUCCGCUCUCUGGCCGCGAUUCGACGAGCUCUCCUGCAACCUUCGCACCUGGUGGUGGUAUUCGACGGCCCGGAGAGCCGCGAGUCUCGGAAGGCGAUUUUCGACGGCUACAAAGGCCACCGAUCCGAGACGCCCGCCAGCUUGGUCAACCAAUUUGCCAUCAUUCUCCGCCUCUGCGAACGCAUGCAGAUCACAACUUUGUCUGAGCCUGGCGUGGAGGCAGACGACGUGAUUGCGACUCUGGUGAACCGCGCGUGUCGCCUCUCUCGGCUGGCGGCAGAGAAAAGAGCGCUCGCAGCGGAGGAGGAGAGACAAAACAGAGACGGCGAGGCAGAAGACGAGCAGAAAGAAGAGGGUUCAGGGAUUGACGGCGUGUGCAUCGAGUCGCAGUUGCAGGGCCGGUGCUCGGGACGCACAAGCGAGUCGCGAGCAGCCCGCCAGAGAGAAGACCGAAGACUUUCUGGAGACAGCAAUGACACGGAUGUCGUCUUUGACGAAAUCGUCGUCGCGACGGCGGACAAAGAUCUCCUUCAGGUUCUUCAGCACAACUACAUGGAGCCUACUGCAGUCACGUCUUCCCCCUCGGCCGGCCCGUCUGCUCUCGCGCCUUCUCUCACGACAGAGGCGUCGAACUGCAUGCGAGAAGGGACCGCCGCAGCAGGCGAGAAAACGCCGAGCACGCGAGGAAAGGAGACAGUUGCGAGGCUUCUCGCGGCUUCUGGCGAGGCGGCAACGCCCGGUGGAGAGGCCCCGGAGACGCGCAGCACGAAGCAACCGAAAAUCCGUAUCAUGCAGCUACACAAAAAGAUGCAAAUCAUCGACGAUACUUGGGUGAAAAUGGAAUACGGCGUGGCGGCUCACCAAAUCAGAGACUACCUCGCGUUGACAGGAGACAGCGUCGACGGCAUCACGGGCUGUCCCAGCAUCGGCCCAAUCACCGCCCAAAAGAUUGUCUCGGCUGCCUCAGGAAAUGUGAACGCGCUUCUCCAGAACGGGGCCGCCCUUCGUCGCUUGUUGAAGCCGAGCCAGGUGAAGCAUCUGAGCACGUUUCUGCCGCUCUUUGAGCGAAACCAGCAUUUGGUUUCUCUGAACUACGAAGUGGAGUCUCUGUCGAACAUUUGUCUCUCGCGCUUCGAGGUCAAGAAGAAGGCGAGUUCGUUUGCCCCUCUCUGUUCGCGCCUCGCCACGCCCUCGUCGCAUGCCGCGAAGCCGCCGUACACGCACGCGCUCCGUCAACACGUGAAGGCGGCGAAAGACCUGGCCGAGGGCGGGAAGUUCAAACGCCACUCAGGUUGCUCCUUCUCUUCGAUCGGGUUGCCGUUCUUCCGAAGCAAAGCGAGGAAGCCUGCGCAGUCGCGACAGACUUGA